ACCCUGAUUCCUGCGAGGAAGAGUAGAAGAAGCUGAGUCUCAGUGCUUGGCGGCCGUUGAUAGUUGCAUUGGUCGAAAGCAAGGAAAUCGAAGGGGAAAGGGAAUAAUGGAAGACGUUUGCGAAGGGAAAGACUUCACGUUCCCGAAGCAGGAGGAGAAGAUUCUAGAAUUUUGGUCCCAAAUCGACGCAUUCCACACUCAGUUAGCACUCACGAAGGACAAGCCUGAAUACAUCUUCUACGAUGGCCCUCCCUUCGCCACCGGCCUCCCUCACUACGGCCACAUCCUCGCCGGAACCAUCAAAGACAUCGUCACUCGCUACCACUCCUUGACCGGCCACCACGUCACGCGCCGCUUCGGCUGGGACUGCCACGGCCUUCCCGUCGAAAACGAGAUCGACAAGAAGCUCGGCAUUAAGAAGCGCGAGGACGUUCUCAAAUUAGGAAUCGAUAAGUACAAUGAGGAGUGUCGCAGCAUCGUCACGCGCUACGUCACUGAGUGGGAGACUGUCAUCACUCGCACGGGCCGUUGGAUCGACUUCAAGAAUGAUUACAAAACUAUGGACCUUAACUUCAUGGAGUCCGUUUGGUGGGUCUUUGCUCAGCUUUACUCCAAAAACCUUGUCUAUAAAGGUUUCAAGGUCAUGCCGUAUAGCACUGGCUGCAAAACCCCGCUGUCUAAUUUUGAGGCUGGUCAGAAUUAUAAGGAUGUAUCUGAUCCUGAAGUGUUCAUGACGUUUCCAGUCUUGGGCGAUUCGCUCGGGGCAUCUUUUGUUGCUUGGACAACAACUCCGUGGACUCUUCCUAGCAAUCUUGCUCUGUGUGUUAAUGCCAGUUUUACCUAUGUUAAGGUUCGCAAUAAGUAUUCGGGUAAAGUUUAUAUUGUUGCUGAAUCUCGUCUGUCUGCACUCCAUAACCCUAAGGAGAAACCCAAAGAAACUGUUGCUAAUAAUUCAAAUGACGUUCCUAAAAAUACAAAUGCGAAGACCAAGGGAUCUUCAAGUGGGAAAACAGAAAAUGUGUUGGAUUCUUUUGAAGUGCUGGAGAAAGUCUCAGGGGCUUCAUUAGUGGGGAAAAAGUAUGAACCAUUAUUUGAUUACUUCAAGGAGUUAUCUGAUACAGCUUUCAGAGUUGUUGCUGACAAUUACGUUACUGACGAUAGUGGUACUGGUGUUGUACAUUGUGCCCCUGCUUUUGGUGAAGAUGAUUUCCGUGUUUGCAUUGGUAAUCAAAUUAUUAGCAAGGAUAAUCUAACUGUAGCUGUUGAUGAUGAUGGCUGCUUUACUGAAAAAAUUACUGACUUUAGUGGGCGCUAUAUCAAACAUGCUGACAAGGAUAUCAUUGAAGCUGUGAAGGCAAAGAGUAGGCUGGUUAAAUCUGGAGCCUUUACACAUUCUUAUCCAUAUUGCUGGAGAUCUGAUACCCCUCUUAUUUACAGAGCUGUUCCAAGCUGGUUUGUUAGAGUGGAGUUGCUUAAAGAACAAUUGUUGGAAAACAAUAAGCAGACUUACUGGGUCCCUGAUUUUGUCAAGGUACAUAGUUUCUUGCUUAACACAUCACAAUUCCCUCUCCCCCCUCAAUUUGUUUAUUAUAUGAUCUUGUUUUCGCUCUUCCCUUUUGCUUUUGAGACACGACCAAUAGGGGUAGUAAUUGUCUUAUAA